AUGAGUAAGAUGGCCACCCUCGCUAGGGCGAGGGACAAUGUCUUGUCCAGGCGCGAGAUUGAAGGCAUGAUUGCCUCAAAGAACAUCAUUAUCAUUGUCGAUGACAAGGUACUCAAAUUGGAUGCUUGGGUCAAAUUCCACCCUGGAGGCGACUUGGCCAUCCAGCAUAUGAUUGGCAAAGAUGCCACAGAUGAAGUCAAUGCUCUACAUUCACCAGAAGCCCGCCAACAAAUGAGCAAGUUUCAAAUUGGUCGCAUCGAAGGGCGAUGGAGGAACUUUCUCCCUCCCAUUCAGGGAGGCACUUUCCGUCCAUACUGCGAGGAAGAAUUCGAGCGCCCAUCAACCCCCCUGUCCACCGAUGAAUCAGCUCCACCUUCUCCCAUUUUCGAAGCUACGUUAGACACAUCCGGCUUGCGACGCAGAUUGUCAGUAUCGACCGUGGCAUCUGCCGUCAGCUCUAUCCCCCCACUAGACACAGAAGCGCGAACACUGGUGGUAGAUGCUCGAACCCAAGAAGAGAUCAAGUUGGAUGAGUCCAAAUAUCCGUCCCUCGACGCUGAAGAUCAGGAGAACAUCGUCCAGAAAUAUCGCCAGCUCAACGAGCGCAUUCGUGCCGCCGGACUUUACAACUGUAACUACUACGCCUACGCAGUUGAGAUCUGCAGAUACUCACUCUUUUUUGGUCUUUUCGUCUUCUUCUUGAAGAAGCACUGGUUCUGCUUGUCUGGUUUCUUCCUGGGUUGCUUCUGGCACCAGUUAGUCUUCUCUGCUCAUGAUGCUGGCCAUAUGGGUAUCACACAUGACUUCCAGACCGAUACUGUUAUUGGCAUGGUUAUUGCCAACCACUUGGGUGGGCUGAGUCUUGGUUGGUGGAAGCGCAGCCACAACGUUCACCACAUCGUCACCAAUGCGCCCGAGCACGACCCCGAUAUUGAACUUAUGCCCUUCUUCGCCUUGUCGCACCGAUUUUUCGACAGUCUAUACAGCACAUACCACGAUCGGGUCAUGGCAUUUGAUGCGGUCGCCAAAUUCACUGUUAAAUACCAACACUACAUGUAUUACCCUAUCCUUCUUUUCGGUCGCUUCAACCUCUACUUCUUGAGCUGGGAGCACAUCUACCUUGGACUUGGCCCUAAGAACGGUGCCGGCUGGUGGCACCGCUGGUUUGAACUCUCUGGCCAGAUUUUCUUCUGGAUCUGGUUCGGCUAUGGCGUUGUUUGGUCUAGUAUCCCGGAUUGGUAUAGUCGGGUCGCCUUCGUCCUCAUUUCUCACAUGGUUACUGCACCGCUCCAUGUACAAAUCACUCUUUCUCACUAUGCUAUGUCGACUGCCGAUCUUGGUCCUCAUGAGUCUUUCCCUCAGAAGAUGCUGCGCACAACCAUGGACGUGGAUUGCCCCGAAUGGUUGGACUUCUUCCACGGUGGUCUUCAAUUCCAGGCGAUUCACCACUUGUACCCUCGCAUUCCUCGUCAUAACUUGCGCAAGACGCAACAGUUUGUGCGGGAGUUCUGCGAAGAUGUCAAGAUUCCCUAUGCCGUCUUUACUUUCUACGAUGGCAAUAAGGAGGUCAUCGGUCGACUUGGCGAUAUUGCCAAGCAGGCGAGAAUAUUGCAGGAAUGCCAGAAGGCAUGUGCGGAACAAGGUGUCUUUGCGGAUCACCACUCGCACUGA